AUGAAUACGCGAGAACUGCAUGGUCAAGAAAAGCUGCAUGAAGUUACACGACUUCUCAAUUUCCUCAAAAAAGAUGUAAAGGAGAGAAGGCUCGAGCGGACCAAACAGAUUGAAAUCCUUCAAAAGCUCCGGGUGCAUGGGCGCAAGACCGAAAAUGCUGGCCCCAUUUUUGAAAAAGAGGGGAUCGAUGUGCUCUCAUCGUACGGAUUUGAUGAAAGUGACCCUGAAGUAGCCCGCGAAGCGCUUCGCUGCCUUGCCAAUGCUCUCCUCCUUGAAAAGAGUACUCGUCAAAUCUUUGUGGAUUUAGGGAAUGGCAUUAGAGCGGCUGAAAAACUGAAAGAAGAGAAUUCGGACGAUGAAUUCCUAGCAGCCCGCCUUCUAUUCUUGACAACUUAUGGUUCUGAUUUGGAUUAUAACAAAUUAUUUGACGAACAUGGUUUAGCAGAGAGCACAAACAAUCACAUAUAUCGCCAUUCUAAACAAUUUUCGAAAGGGAGAAAGAAAAAGCUGGCCCAAAUCGAUGAGCUCGGCCUCUCAGAGUGCUUGAAAAUGAUAUUCAAUAUUACAAGUUUUUAUCCUCACAGGGCUGAUGCAUUCUCGCCAUCGAUUCCCCAUAUCUUGAAAAUUCUAAGCCGCAUCGAGAUACCCACGCCGCCAUUGCAGGCACCCGUGAAUUACCUUAUUAACACUCUUCUCAAUCUUGACCUUGAAGCUAAAAAGACAAAACAUUUUACCACGAAUCCUCUUUUCCCCAAGUUCGAUCAAAAUUGCAACGUGGAUAAGCUCAUCAAUAUUCUAGACCAAGCCGUUGCUAUGCACAAGCCGGAACAUUUGGAAACAUUGGCUGUGCCCCUUCUGACCCUCCUGAGGAAAAUAUACGAUAUUGCACCUGAAGGACCCCAGAAAUACAUGGAGUGGCUUCUGCUUCCAGACGAUAGUGACAGGGACCUACCGAUUGGACAGUCAAAUACACUAUCAUCUAGGCUUUUACGCCUUUCUACAUCCCCUGUUGCCCCCAGUCUACGUGAAGGAAUUUCCGCACUGAUGUUUGAGCUAUCUGGGAAAGAUGCCAGUGAUUUCGUGAGGAAUGUCGGCUACGGGUUUGCAGCCGGGUUUCUCAUGUCUCACGAUUUACCAAUUCCCGAAACAGCGAAGGAGGCUUUUAGUACCAAGCCUACAAGAACAGGCGAGCAAGCUAUUCCUAUUAACCCAAUUACCGGCCAAAGGCUCGAUGCUGAGCCCCAGGAUACUGAAACUCCGAUGACUAUGGAGGAAAAGGAGCGAGAAGCAGAACGGCUCUUUGUGCUCUUUGAAAGGUAA